UCAUGUUGCUAAAAAUGUUGACAUUCUGCACCUAGUCUAAUUAUGGCCUCUUGCAGAAUCCUGCUGCAAGGACGCUGGAUCCACUUUACCCCAGCACAGCACUGAAACAGAGGAGCUGAAACCUCAGCUCCAGCUUCUGCUUGCUCACUUUGACAUCAACUACAGCCUUAAGGAUCUGAAGAAUUCAGCUGAUGAGAUGGAGCUCUUUUUCCUGGUUGUCCAGAAAUUUAGAAGCAUCUUCUGCAAACAGCAGACAAUGAGGACAUUUCCUGUUUAUGAUGCAGAGGUUUCUAGAUCAGAAAACUGGGGCAUGUUAGAUCCAACUAGGGCUUUGAAAAAAAGAGCUAACUGGAUUCCUUUUUUAAGGAUUAAGCCUAAAGUAGAUCCCUGGCAGCAAAAACUUUUGAUAAAACUGAAACAGUGGAAGAAAGUGGAUAAGCUGAUGGACCUUCAUUCAAAAUUUGUAGAGGAACUAAAUACUGAAGAUGAUGAUAACGCAGCUGUGGCUCACAGUGGGGAGGAUGUAGAAAAUACCAGCCCCAGUAAGCCUCCAGAAUCCUCCGGAAAGAACAAAAGAGGGUAUAGUUAUACGACCACCUUUCAGCUACUGGGAUUAGAGGAAGGAACAGAAGUUGUCAACAAGGAGCACGUGCUGAAGAAAGGAGCCUACUUGUCAGUUCUUUACCUGCGUCACUUGAGAAUCCGAGAGCUACAGCGAGUCUGCCUGGGGUUCCUGAACUACUUCAGAUCCGUGGAGAGAACCCUGACCAUCAGUACUGCUGGCCUGUCCUUUAAAGCGGGUAAUUUAAUUCCCAGCGCAGAAGAUACCUGCUGGGUCAGUGCUGCCAAAGGAGGCAUUGGUGUUUCUGGUGGCCUCAGUUCUCAGCCUUAUAUUCAUUACACACCAGCUGACUACAAGGUCCAUAGUGCUCAGUUCAUGGAGUUUGCGGAGGUGGAAAACCACGAUGACUUUUAUACCAGUGAAGGCGGAUAUAUUCACACGCAGGAUCCACGAGGGCUUUAUAUAAUAUAUGAUGUGGCUUUAAAGGACCUGAAGGAGCUUGAGCACCAGCUGCUUCUUGUGACCAGCCAGUAUAUUGAGAAAGAUAAAAGCCAUGUAACUUGUGGUCAGUUCAGAGGCAGCAACCUUCUUGGCUGGGCACAUGCCUCUGUGGAUCGAUUUGCAGUGCUGCUUGACCUCUGGACGUGUGAAACUGCUCUCUUGGAGAAAAAAUGUCAGCUUCUAGAUGUUUACUUUGAAGCUUACCAACAUGCUAUAGACCCAGAAGAAAGAUUUGCUUUGGCCCAAACAAUAGUUGACGUCAUGCAUAAACGUCCACGAUUUGAUCUCAAGCUUGGAUAUUUUGUGGAUACCUACAGAGAUGAAUGCAUCUGUUUACAGCUUCACCUCCAGCUGCUGAGGGGCAUAGUAAACCAACAAAUAGAUGUCCAGAGGGAAUAUGUCCACAAGGUUUGGCAGGAAGGUCAGAAAGGUGGCGUCAGUGAAUUUGGACUUCCUUAUAAUGUGAUUACUAAACAACUUAUCUCUCUUAACAAUAGCUGUCCUACUUCAAAGAACAUUUACUUGCUGGAGUUUCACCCUUCUCUUGGUCUGGUGUGCUUGAUCCCCAAAGCUGUUGAGCAUAUCUACCAGGAAUUCUGCAACAUCCUUAGACCGAAAACAGCCAGUGAAGCAAGUAAUCUAGAAAAACAAGUACUUCAGCUAGCAGUGGAUGAGUGGCUAACUAUGGAAAAAGCAGAGUCUUUUUACAGCUCUCAGAUUCAAAAAGAUUUAUUUGCAGAGGUACUGAUAGAAGACCCUGUGCUGGUGCAAGAGAUUGCUUUGUCACUGUUAGAGCUGAGAGCAGAUGAAGAAAAAAAGGAAAGCAGAGAAAAACAAUUCUUUCUCCUCGAUUCCUUUUCCAUGAUCCUAGAGCUUGUGACGCUUCGCCAUCGGUUGAUAGAGGUGGCAACGGAGAGCGCGCAGUUAGCCAGGUUAUACAAAGCUUUUGCAAGGGAAAUGGGUUUUGGUGAGUUCCAUUUGUAUCUGAGGCCAGUGCACUUUGAAUUUGCAUCUUACAAGGAGAAAGCAGACCACAUCCCACCAAUAUUCAUUACAUCCCUCCUGGAAGAUGACAGCUGUGUUGACAGAUAUAUUCCAUCUAACUUACAAUUAGGCAUCCAAGAAAUCGACAGUCAUAUUGGAAAGUUUAGCUUCCGUACAAGAGAUGGUGUUAUGCAGCUCUUGUCCCCGUCUGGAAUAAAGAACAUGCAGCUUAUCCUUGCCUGUCAGGUCAUUCAGAAAAAUGCUCUUUUGGUGGCUGUUCAGCAAGCUUCCUUUUGUUACCUGGUCCAGCCUACCCAUGCCCGGGACACAAAGGAAGGAAAUAUAAGACUAACAAGUUGGAGCAGUUCAGCAAGUGGAAGAAAUUCUGUGUCUGGGAAUGAAAUAGAGAAUCGGCUGCUGCAAGCAACCACAGCAGCCACCUCAUGUUCUCCUGGACGUUCUUCAGAUUUACACUGUACCAUAAACAGGCCUGCAGAAGCUUUUGUUUCCAUUCAGCUAGAGAAACUGGGGCCUCGAGACAUGAUGCUGAACGCAUUCAUUCAGAAGAAAGAAACCAUGGGUAGCAGAAUGCAAAACCCUGAUGAACUUCUGAAAUUCAAAAGAGACGUCAUUGUUGAAUAUUGUUAUAAGCUGAACCAGCGUGUGUCCCAACAUGCCCUGAGAGGUCAGCUCAUUGCAUACUACAACAGCCUAAGAAGCCUGUUAGAUGAUUUCCCUGUUAUCAGAGACAAAUACUUUAUAAUUGGACUAUCUCAAGGAAAAAAAGAGGAGCAAAACUUAAAGAAAUACCUCGCAGCUGAUCCCAGGUCAUUCCAUCCUCGACCACGCUGUUUGCUGUCUCCAGAUGGGCGCACCUUCCUUAACUUGUGGUUCAUCCCUCACCCUUCUGAAGUGCUGAUUAUGUUCAAAAUGCUUCCGGAGAAGGCUGCUCUCAGAGCUCUCCACCUGAGCCUGGAAAUUGUUGGUGCACUUCAUGACAUGGUUUCAUAUCUCCUGGGUUUUGCUCAAUUAGGAAAUUCAUCAAACUGUUUCUAUGCCUUAAACCCAGAGCCUCUGACCCCGGACUGGGGAGGGACUGAAAGGAUUGGGACGGAGCUUCAAGAGAUACAGAAAAUGAUUGACAGCCUUCAGAAUCCGCUGGAUCCCAGCAAAGUAGCCCAACUGCUAGCCAUUCACAGAGAAGUCAUGUUUCUACAGUUUGAUGCAGCAAUUAGACAUCGGCUACGGGAGACAUUUUUGUCCUCUGGGAAUGUUUCAGCCUACCAGAGCGUUACAGACAGGAUAUGCCAUGCGUUGCCUCCACUGAGUAACUCUGUGAUUCAGAGUGCGUUUGCUUCACAGCUAAGGCUCCCACAGCUUCUGGAUCCUCAAAGCUGCAGGACACUCAUGCAUUUUCCAUGGAGGACAUUCCUAAUGGAUGGAGGAUUGUUUCCAGUCACUGUCAACAACACGAUUAAUAUAAGCUACAACAUGCAGCUGUGCCUAUGUGACCUGAGUGAUGCAGACCGAAGAGUUGCUCAUGGGGAGCUGGCUGCAAUGCAGUUGCUCAUGGAGGAUGUACUGCAGAACAGCUGUGGCUGUGCUGUGGAAGAUCACGCUGACUACCGAGCUUCAUUAGCUAAGAGCAAGCAGGAGAAUUUGGCAGAAAUAAUGGACUCAAGUGCUAACUGGUUGCAGAGCAGGAAAAAGACCUGCAGAGUUUUGCUGAGGCAUCAUGAUCCAGUCACAUCAUGUAACUUGCUGAGAUCUUUUCUAAUACUGUGGAAGCAACUGGAAAUAUUAAAGGCAGAAUGGGGUCGACUCAAAUUGAGGACUGAGGAUAUCAAUACAGUUCCUCUCUACAAAGAGUUUUGUGAGCAAUAUGGCACUGAUGUCUUGCACCCUGCCAUGAAGGCCUUGGCCAGACAAAUGGGCGCAGAGGAGGAGUUGGGAGAGCCUGUUACAAGCAUUCAGCAUAUACGCUUCCCGCAAGGAGCAUCAGAAAUCGAAAUGAAGGUGUACCAGCUACGAAAGCUUCUGGAAAACUUAGAAAUCCACAUGAUCCGUGAUGUGCAGAAGAAGAUUAACCAGCAGAUGACUCUAGUGACAUCUGAAAGAGCCAGGCAAGGGAGCAGCCUCCCCACUGAGCUUUGGAAACAUGGGGUAAUACAAGAAAAUUUCUCAGCUGUACGACCACAGAUAGUUGAAACAUUUGUUCAAAAGCUAAUGCAAAACUACCAAGAAUCAGAUGCAGAGGUUACUUUUAAAAAAAGCCACUUACAGCAGUGUCUCACUGUACUGGGCUGUGACAUCAUGGCCAGAGAGCGCAGCAACUUUGAGACCUACUCCAUGUUUUAUGAAAAUAUUCUCCAACAGCAACAUCGUCUCCUUUACCAAAAAGAACAAGAGCUGCAUGCGGCGCAGGAAGGGGGCAACCUAUGCGAUACAGCUCUGACGCAGAUUGCUGGGCUGAGUCAUGGAAUGAUUAUGGAAAUCACUGCUCUCCGAGCCCAGCUCGCUGACUCAGAAGAAGAAAAUCUUGGUCUCAAAGAGAAGAUAAGAAAAGAAGUACGGGAUGAAUAUGAAUCGUUAGUGCGGAGCCUAUUUGUGACUUGUAUCCAUCUAAAAGGAAGGUUGGAUGACUAUCGCCUAAGCAUCGACCAACGAGUGUUUGAAAUCAUCAGUGAAGUGAGAAGAGAAGGAGUUGACAAUAUGAUUGAUCUGAAGAAAAAGUUUGGUUCCGCUAAAAAUAAUGAUGACUUGAAAGAACAUUUGUCUAAAGAACAGCUGCAGUUCUUGCGGGAUGAAAACAUCAGACUAGGCAAGCUGGUGUGUAAGCUGAAGGCUCUGAACUGUUGGAAACAAACCACUCAGAAGGCACAACUCUCCGCAAAGCUUAGAGAUGCAGAGAAGGAAGCCGUCCAAAACAAAAAAGAGUGGCUGAACACUAAGAUGAUGGCAGAACAAGAGGUGACUUUGUUUCAGGGUCAGCUGGCGGCUGUGCGGAAAGCUCUGGCAAAAUCUCAAGCAGACAAUGGCAAACUAAAGAAACAGCUAGAAAAACAGAAACAAAUGCUGUUGGAAGUAGAGCAUAGGAAGACACAAGAAGCCAGGAGCAGGCAAAUACUCAGUGCGAUGAAAGCUGAACACAUGAAGAAGACACUUGAAGAGAUGGAAGAAAAAGAACAGAGACUGAAAUACCUGAUCAAGGAAGCUGAAAAAUCCUCUAAAAUGGGCCAACUUCAGCAAAAGAGGGUCAAAAAAGAAAUGCAGCAGAUAAGAAGCCAGCUAACCCAAGAGUGCAGUUUAAAACUGGAGGCUUUCCAGCGGGUUGAUGAACUGCAGCAGCAAGUUUAUGCCCUGGAAGCUGCAGUUUCCCAGAGGAAUGCGAGUGCAGGUUCGGUCGCUUGGGUCCAGAGCAGCAGACAUUCAGCAGCUGCUCAGCUCAGGAAUUACCAGCAGCAUCCUUUGAAGCCUCAUGCAAGAAGUAGGACUUUAACAGGAGGAACCCCACAAAGAGCAAAGACGGUGCCCAGCAGAUGGAGGGAGAGGAUGGCAGCUAUGCUGUUGCCACACCUGAAUGAACAAUCUCUUCCUGCUAUCUUCAUGCAGCUACAGGAACAAGGUCUGGUCCAAAAGCAAACCUAAAGUACUUCUGUUCAACCCAGGAAGUGUUUCGAGCAUUGCCAAUGAACUGGCAGUCUUGGAGUAAGAGAAGAACAAUUUAUACAGAAACGAAAGGGAUGCAGUAGUCCUCCACUGCUGUGCUUGUAUACAUCAACGUAUUUAGAUACAGUGCUCGAUGCCAGUUAUAAUCAAUUAAUCUGCUAGAAUCUCUUUGUUUUAGUGGGUGAUGCAGAUCCUUCUUCCAAGAAAAAACAGCACUGGGCAUCCUCUCUUCAAAGACAAUGCAGCACAGUACAGAAAUAUACCGUAGCAACAAGGAUAUUGGUCAAAACUAAAAAGCUUCCUUUUAUUAUGGUAACCUUGGAACGUGGCAGUGCAAAGUGCAGUUGAGUUUUCAGAGCUGAAGCGAUGGGUUUGCUUUUUUUAACUGCUUCCCUAUUGCAA